AUGGAAAACAACAAUCCGAAGGAUCCAACCACGUCUGCAGUGCCGGAAAAGGAUCAGAGCAAAGCGGAUCAUCAGACCCCGAAACCGACAGGAUCCGUGAGAGUGCCGAGGCCUUUGUUUAUGUCGUCGCCGUCGAAUAGUAAUCCUUUCCGCGGCUACAGUAAGUGGGAGCUCACCUGCGAACCGGAAACGAAAAAGCAGCUGAAAGCAGUCUUUCGGCAGCGCAACCAGAUCCACCAAAAGGUUGUGAAGAUGGAACGCGUAGUAGAGGAUGGUCAACCGAAAAGCUUGGCACAGCUCACCGUCAUGUCUCGAAAUCUGACAGCAGCGUACACGGAGUUCAGCACCUUCCAUAGUCAAGUUAUGGCUCUUAUUCCGGAUGAAGAUUUGGAUGACCAGGAGGACGAGUAUGCGACGUUUGAAGAGCUGUACAACUUCGUCUCCGAGAUUGUGGAGGAGCUGAUUCUGGAAGCCAAGGAUGCGGCACCGGCUGCACCCGCUGAGAGACAUCUUAUUAUUCAGCAACAACCGUUAAAAGCCCCUAUUCCUACGUUCGACGGUAGCUAUGCUGCAUGGCCGAAGUUCAAGGCGAUAUUCAAUGACCUGAUGUCCAAGUCCGGCGACAGUGAUGCCUUGAAACUCUACCACUUGGACAAGGCGUUGGUCGGGUCUGCAGCUGGAAUAUUGGACGCAAGGACAAUCAACGAAGGGAAUUACGGACAGGCGUGGCAAAUACUGACUGAGCGGUAUGAGAACGAAAGAGUGCUCGUCGAGUCGCAUAUUCGAGGACUCUUUUCGUUGAAGCGGAUGUCGUCGGAGUCGUCAAAGGAUCUUCGUGCCCUAAUCGACGAAGCAACGCGGCACGUGGAAAACCUCCGGUUCCUGAAGCAAGAACUUCUGGGUGUGUCCGAGCAUAUGGUUGUCUUCCUCAUCUCCAAUGCGCUGGACAAAUCCACUCGGAAAGCUUGGGAGUCAACGUUGAAGAAAGGAGAGUUGCCGAAAUACGAACCGACUGUCAAGUUUUUGAAGACCAGAUGCCAAAUAUUGGAAAAUUGUGAAGCCGCCGUACAGCCUCCAUCAUCGCAACCAGUCAAACCGAAGCCUGCUGCUGCCAUCAGCAAGCCUCCAGUACAGAAGUGCUAUACGAACGCCACGAAUCCUCCAAAGUCGCAACAAGACAGCUCCGAUCGAUGCGUGUUUUGCGAAGGUCAGCACCGAAACUUCCAGUGCGAUGUUCUAGGCAGCCUAACAACAGCGGAGAGACUCGAAAAGGUUCGAACAGCCCGUGUCUGCUUCAACUGCCUCAGGAAGGGGCAUCUAUCCAAGGAGUGCCCGUCCUCGAAGCAUUGCAAGAAGUGUCUAAAGCACCACCAUACGUUACUACAUGGAGACAAGGAAGUAAGCGUGAAACCGGAAGCGCAGUCGAACGUGUCCGUCCCGAAGUCGGCAGAAGAGCCUACUGCUCCGGCGCCAGAGGGCAAUGCGACGGUAUCCACAUCGUGCUCCUGCAACUCUGCCCAACCAACGAAGACCGUUCUGUUGCUGACCGCGGUGGUUCAUCUGACGGACUCGAGGAAUCAGCUGCAACCGUGUCGCGUUUUACUCGACAGCGGUUCCCAAGUCAACUUUAUAUCGGAGAAGAUGGCUGACUCGCUCGGCCUACCGAAGCAGCCUGCGAACAUCGAAAUCACCGGCAUUAGUGCUAUCCGGACGAUUGCACGAGAAAGGAUGAAGGUGAAGCUGCACUCUCGUGAUGAUACGUUCCACACCACCGUGGAAUGUCUUAUUACUUCAAGGGUAACCGGAACCUUGCCAACUUCCAAGAUCGACGUAAGCGGUUGGGAACUGCCCGACGGAAUUACGUUGGCCGACGUCGACUUCCACAAACCAUCCCAAGUGGACAUGCUGAUUGGAGCCGCACAUUUCUUCGAUCUGCUCAAAGCAGGUCAGAUUCAGCUUGCGCCUCACCUGCCGCAGCUUCGUGAGAGCCACCUUGGCUGGCUUGUAGCUGGCACAAUAAACGACCGAGAUGCUCCAGUCAGGACCGCUGCACACUCCAAUGUAGCGUCAGUAGCAGAUAUCGAGCAAAUGAUGUACCAGUUUUGGCAGAUUGAAGAGGUUCCCAACGUUUCAAAACAUUCGACGGAAGAGCAGUUCUGCGAGGCCCAUUUUCGGUCAACUCAUUACCGCGAUGACACUGGAAGCACAGACAAACAGACGUAA